GUAAGUUCAACUCCAGCCAAAGGCAUUUUCCAACUUCUAACCAGACCUUGCGUAAGUGACGAUGUGCUUUCGCUUGCUUUGAGUCAGAAUCAACAACUCUUUCGCUCACAGAAUCCGGGCUUAGCGGCUGCGGCCGCUGCAGCCACAUCGGCAGCCAGUGCAGCGGCUGCAGCCGGCGCUGCACCACCUGGCGCACCCAAUGGCACAAUGCAGGCGUCGCAGCAGCAGCAGCAGCAGCAACAGAUGCAAAUGGCCGCCGCUUCUCAGCAGUUUUUGGCGCAACAGAAUGCAGCAUAUGCCGCACAGCAAGCGGCCCCGUAUGUCAUCAAUCCCGGACAGGAGGCGACACCGUAUCUGGGCAUGAUUGCCGCGGCUCAAAUGCCGCCGUAUUACAAUGUCGCGCCCUGGGGCAUGUAUCCGGGCAAUCUGAUACCGCAGCAGAGCACACAGCCGCGCCGGCCGCUGACACCCUCGCAGCAGGGUGCCGAGAAUCAGCCCUAUCAGGUCAUACCGGCCUACUUCGAUCAGAGUGGCUCGCUUGUGAUGGGACCCCGCACCGGUACACCCAUGCGUCUGGUUAGUCCCGCCCCCGUGCUGGCGGUGCCGCCGGGCGCAACACGUGCCGGUCCGCCACCGCCCCAGGGCCCACAACUGUAUCCACCACAGCCACAGACGGCUCAACAGAAUCUCUACUCACAGCAAAACGGUUCCAGUGUCGGAGGGCUUGCACUCAACACGAACUCGUUGACCGGUCGUCGCGACUCGUUCGAUCGCACAACAUCUGCUUUCAGUCCCUCGGCCAUGGACUACACCACGAGCAGCGUGGCCGCCGCCAAUGCGGUGAACAGCAGCGUGGCUCAAGCGGCUGCAGCUGCUGCGGCUGCUGCGCGGGCCAAGUGGCCCGGCGCCAUGUCGAAUAGCAGCGCAUACGGAGCGCUGGGCGCAGCGGGAGUCAAUGCCUCGGCCAGUCCGUUGGGCGCACCGUUGACACCGCCGCCGACUGGGCAGUCCUGCCUGAUGGGCGGCAAUCGGGCGCCUGGCGCCGAGUCGCGCCAACGGCAGCAGCUGGCGGUCGGUCUGCCGGCCACAGCGGCAGCGGCCCAGGCGGCAGUUGCGGCCGCAGCGAACAAUAUGUUUGGGUCGAACAGUUCGCUCUUCUCGAAUCACUUGGCGCUGCCGGGCACAACGCCCGCCGCCGUGGCCGCUGCCGUGGCGAACUCGAGGCAGGUGGCCGCCGCCGCUGCGGUGGCUGCUGCUGCUGCCGGAGCCACCGGCGCACCACAGCCGGGCAGGUCGCGCCUGCUGGAGGAUUUCAGGAAUCAGCGGUAUCCGAACUUGCAGUUGCGCGAUCUGAGCAACCACAUUGUGGAGUUCUCACAAGAUCAGCAUGGCUCACGCUUCAUCCAGCAGAAACUGGAACGGGCCACAGCCGCCGAGAAGCAAAUGGUCUUCAAUGAAAUUCUGGGCGCCGCCUACAGCCUGAUGACAGACGUGUUUGGCAACUAUGUAAUUCAGAAGUUCUUUGAGUUUGGUACUCCAGAGCAGAAGAACACGCUUGGCAUGCAGGUCAAAGGUCACGUGCUGCAGUUGGCGCUCCAGAUGUACGGCUGUCGCGUGAUCCAGAAGGCGCUGGAGAGCAUUUCUCCUGAGCAACAGCAAGAGAUCGUUCACGAACUGGACGGACAUGUCCUCAAGUGCGUCAAAGAUCAGAAUGGCAACCAUGUCGUGCAGAAAUGCAUCGAAUGCGUCGAUCCCGCUGCACUGCAGUUUGUCAUCAAUGCGUUCAAGGGCCAGGUCUAUUCGCUGAGCACACAUCCCUAUGGCUGCCGCGUCAUUCAGCGCAUCCUCGAGCACUGCACACCCGAGCAGACCACGCCCAUUUUGGAUGAAUUGCACGAGCAUACAGAGAACCUGAUCCAAGACCAAUAUGGCAACUAUGUCAUUCAACACGUUCUAGAGCAUGGCAAGCAGGAGGACAAAUCGAUACUGAUUAACAGCGUGCGUGGCAAGGUGCUGGUGCUGUCGCAACACAAGUUUGCCUCGAACGUGGUGGAGAAGUGUGUGACACAUGCCACACGCAGCGAGCGCACGGGCCUGAUCGAUGAGGUGUGCACAUUCAAUGACAACGCCUUGCACGUCAUGAUGAAGGACCAGUAUGCCAACUAUGUGGUGCAGAAGAUGAUUGACGUGUCGGAGCCGACGCAGCUGAAGAAGCUGAUGACCAAGAUACGACCCCACAUGACCGCCUUGCGCAAGUACACCUACGGCAAGCACAUCAACGCCAAGCUAGAGAAGUACUACAUGAAGAUAACGAAUCCCAUAGCCGCUGCCACGGCCAGCGUCGGUGCUACCAGCACUGCCAGCGCAUCAGCAACCACAACAGUUGCCGCCACCAGCAGCAGCAGCAGCAGCAGCAGCAGCUGCACCACCACCACCAACAGCAGCAACAGCAACAGCAGCAGCAACAGCAGUGCAACCGGUACCAACGGGGCCACGCCCUCCUCAACAACGAUUGCGGCCGGCAGUGCAGUGACCACAACCACCAACAGCAUCGGAUCGCCGAGCAUCUGUGCCGUGCAGGAGAAUGGGAGCAUCUCGAUGGCCGAGCCGACAUCGCCAGCCACCUCAGAGUCGUCCGGCACUGUGGGAGUGAGCUCCGCCCUUGGUCCCAUUGGACCGCCCACAACAGCCAACGGAGUGUUGUAAAGUGA